UUCAAUUUAUUGGAAGGAAUAGAACAAAGGCAAAGCAUCAGCUGCAUUUAGCAAAAUGUAUUGAAAACAAGAGGAUAAAUUAUAUAUCAGACGAACAUCUUGGUAGUAACAAGAUGUGUGAGAGAAAAUUAUGACGUUGAUUGCAGCAGCCCCACUUGGGGCAGGAGCUAUCUUAAAGCAGUUCCUGUUGCUGGCAUCUUUUGCCACCAUGAUACUCCUGGAGACCGACUAUGCCAGUGACGUCCCUUCAAAUAAGUGCUGCUUCAGUCGUUACAGCAGUAGGAUUGUGAAACACCAGUUCAGAAUUCUCAGGAACAAAUAUGAGGAGUUGGAGGAGAAGCUCACCUGCCCCCAUCUUACAUCUGCCCAGUGGAACCUGAAUGAUCUGGCGGCGUGUGAAACACUGGAAGCUGUGAGGAUGGAGGUGAGGCUCACCAUCCACAUGCUGCAGAACCAGAGUGAGCCCAUCAUGUUGCAAACCCUAAGAUUCGUGCUGGCAACCCUAAGAUCCCUCAGGAGAGACAUCAAAAUAUGUCAAUGCACUCCACUUCCCACCCACGAAGGGUCUGGACACUUUCAGAACUUUAAAGAACAGUUUCAGAAGUUUAACAGCAGCAACACUGAGGACUCUCCACAGUGUCUAGAGCUGGCUGUAGGCUUGAACGUUUUCCGGCUGCUGAACGAGGAUGUGAAUCUCCUUGUAAAGAAGCAGCAACACUGCCACCCCUCCUAACUGAGGCCUGGAUCCCCCCCCCCUCUGCUUCGCCCUCUGGCUGCACCUAGCAAAGACUCGGACUCAGACACGCCCCGCAGAUCCAAAGAGCAGCCCUCAGCUGGCCAGCAGAGAAACCCUUGGACCUCCUUCCUUACCAUGAAGAUUUUGCCGCUCCAAAUUCCCAAGGGGGCAAACUCGGAACAGACCUCCAGUUGGGUUCACGUUGCCUGGCAUGUCUGACUACCUUUUUUCAUAUUACCUCAAAGAGCGGAGGGCUCCAUUUUGGGCUUCCAGAGGCUCCCAGGACCUGCUGCAGGGUUUUGUGGGUUUCCAAACCCAGGCCAUCUCACCACAAACAGGCAGGCACCAGAGGCUGUGGUUUUACGAUCGCGCCAGAUUCAUGCUCUCCUGGAAGCCCAUUGCAUGGCACGCUCCCCUCUAGCUGCAAUUUCUCCUCUGGCAGGAGAAAUGAGCCAUCCCCAAGUACUUCUAGAAAAAGUGCAUUCUAGCUAUAUUAUUACAGCCGGGGCUGUUUUAUUUAUGUAAUUUAUUUUAAUUUCCUUGGGCCUGGAAUUAACAAGUUCAAGAGGGAAGGAGGGGGAGAAUCAUUAUUUAAAGUGGAUUGUAUUCAUAAAACUGUUAUUUAUUCAUG